AUUCCGUCUGCCAUUGGAGACCUUCCGUUCCUCGAUUCCCUUGACUUCUUUGGCACCAACAACCUCUAUGGAUCUAUCCCCUACUCCAUCACCAAGCUUCAUAACCUCAAAAGACUUCGUAUAUGGAACACCACCUGGUCUGGCCCCAUCCCCGAAUUCCUCAGCCAACUUAGAAACCUGGAGUACCUAGAUCUGUCCAAGAAUCAGCUCUCUGGUUCGAUCCCGGCUUCACUCGCAGACCUCUACAAACUAACUGAGCUUGACCUUUCAUGGAACAGACUCACCGGAAACAUACCCGACUCCAUCACCAAGCUUCAAAACCUCAAAAGACUUCGUAUAUGGAACACCACCUUGUCUGGCCCCAUCCCCGAAUUCCUCAGCCAACUCAGAAACCUAGAGUACCUUGAUUUGUCCAAUAAUCAGCUCUCUGGUUGGAUCCCGGCUUCCCUCGCAGACCUCUACAAACUAACUAAGCUUGACCUUUCAUGGAACAGACUCACUGGAAACAUACCAGACUCGUUCGGGAGAUUUAAGGGCGACUCUAUUUGGCUCUCUCACAACAAGCUCUCCGGUAAGAUUCCUGAAUCGUUCGGCGAGUUGAACUGUUACGGGAUCUACUUGUCUAACAAUAAACUUGUUGGGGAUGCAUCGAUGUUGUUCAAAGAGAACGGAACGACGCACGCGAUAGAUUUGUCAUGGAAUCUGUUCAACUUCGACCUGUCAAGGGUGAUGUUCCCGAAGACGUUAGGCUACGAUUGGAUUUGACAUUGCUGAAUGUGAGCUAUAAUCGACUGUGUGGAGAGAUCCCGUUUGGUGGGAAAGUUCAGCAGUUCGGCUACGAUUCGUUCUUCCAUAACCGGUGUCUAUGUGGUCAGCCACUCCCUAAGUGCAAGUAGUCCGUACAUGACAACGGAAUUUUAAAUUCCCAGCGUUCGUUGCAUGUUAAUUUACUUAUCCUCCCUGGAAUUUGGGAUUUGAAAUGUUGAUAUUACAUAUUUACUCCUUACUGAAAAGGGGACAUUGCAUAUUUUG